UCAGCCGCCGCCCCGUGACAUGGCGCGUGAUGCUACUACCCACCAGGAGGAGCAACUCGCCGGAGCUAUGGUUCAGUGCAGCGUCGAGAACAAGCCGGCAGACGCCGUCGUGGAGCGCUCUCCGGUGGCCGCUUGCUGCGUCUGCAUGGAGCCUUGGACAUCCGACGGCGAGCACCGCGCCUGCUGCCUCGUCCUCUGCGGGCAUGUGUACGGCAGAUCGUGCCUGGAGACGAUGCUGCGCCGCUGCGGCGAAGGCCCCGGCCGGAGGCCUAAGUGCCCGCAGUGCGGCCAAUGCUUUGGACGCAAGGACAUCCGUGAUAUCUACAUGACCGAAUAUCAGUGGGACGACUGCGGCCAUAACAAGAUCUAUGUCGAGAUCCACAAAGGCAGGACCAUCACGCUAGAGGUCGGGAUAUUAGACACAGUUGAGAGUGUGAAAGCUAAGAUUCAGGACAAGGAGAGAAUCCCUCCAAACCAACAAAGCCUUAGCUUCGCUGAUAAUGUACUGCGUGAAGGACACACGUUGGGUGAAUACAACAUCCAAAAUGAGUGUACCCUUCUUCUCAACUUCAAGCUCCAGAUAUUUGUGAAGACCCUUGCUGGGAAAGCAAUCCCUCUCAUGGUCAAUUCAUUCGAUACCAUCUGGUUUGUCAAGAUGCAAGUUAAGGAUAAGCAUUGUGGGUUUAUCUUUAACGGGGAGGAGCUGCUGGACAGCUUUACAUUGGCUGAUUAUGGGGUCCAGAAUGGAUCCAUUCUCGAACAAGAUCUCAGUGUCAAAGAGAAGAUUGAAAUCUUUGUCACCGAGUCACUCACGGGCAUGAACAUCACGCUCAAGGUUGCAACCAUAGAUACCAUCAAUAAUGUUAAGGCAAAGAUUCAAGAUAAGCAUUGCUUUCCGAUGGACAAACAACACAUCAUCUUUACCAACCGACAGCUAGAUGACGACUACACCCUGGCGGACCACAACAUCCAAAAUAAGUCAACCCUUCUCCUUGUCCUAGGCAACCCAUGUCCGAGAGGUAAGAUGAAUAUCUAUGUGAAGACACUAAGAAACAAAAUUUACACUCUUGAGGUUGAGAGCUCAGAUACCGUCUACGAUGUGAUGGCAAUGAUCCACCGUAAGAGUGACAUCCCCCCUAACGUUCAGCGCCUCAUCUUUUUAGGCAAGCUUCUGAAAGUCAAUCAGACCCUGGCAAACUACAAAAUCCAGAUGUAUUCCACCAUCUACUUGGUGCCCAGGCUUGGUGUCUGAGAUAUUAUGCCAUGGUCACCUAAUGAGCUAGUAGUAGUGCAGUGCGCUGUGUUCUUUAUUAUUCUGAUUGUUAGUGUCAUUCUUCUUGACCAUCUAGCUCAUCCUGUAUAUUAUAUAGUACUACAGUCAUAAACUGCUACUCCCUCCUUUUCAAAGUAAGUAUCGCACUUUUGUCUAUAUAUAAAUGUAUGUAGACGCAUUUUAGUUGUAGAUUCAUC